UGACAUCAUCCACUCUUUUUUCUACCUAUAAAACUAAGUCUUCUCUUCCCAAAAAAUUUCAAACCAAAAAUAAUCACAAGUACUUCAAGAGUUAACCAAAAAAUAAAAAAGUAUUUUGGAAGAAAAUUUAAAAAAAAAAAUUAAAAAAAAUGGGUAGAGCUCCAUGUUGUGACAAAGCAAAUGUGAAAAAAGGACCAUGGUCACCAGAAGAAGAUGCAAAACUCAAGGCUUAUAUUGAAGAAAAUGGCACUGGUAACAAUUGGAUUGCUCUUCCCCAAAAAAUAGGGCUUAAGAGAUGUGGAAAGAGUUGCAGGUUAAGAUGGUUGAAUUACUUAAGACCUAAUAUUAAACAUGGUGGAUUUACUGAAGAAGAAGACAAUAUCAUUUGCAGUCUCUAUAUUAGUAUUGGAAGCAGGUGGUCGAUAAUAGCUGCACAGCUUCCUGGAAGAACAGAUAACGAUAUCAAGAAUUACUGGAACACCAGACUGAAGAAGAAGCUUCUUGGAAAAAGAAAACAAUCUCAAAUGAAUAGAUUAUUGCUUGCUAAUGGUGGUCAAGAUCUUAAAGAACUAAAUGGAUUAGAAGAAAAUCCAUUAUUACAAAACCUAAGUAACUCAGCUCUUGAAAGACUUCAACUUCAUAUGCAACUUCAAACCCUAACAAACCCUCUUUCUUUUUAUAAUAAUCCAUCACUUUGGCCUAAGUUAACCCCUCUUCAACAAAAAAUGAUCCAAACCCUACAAGUUAAUGGCUUAAAUGAGGAUCAACCACCUCUUUACGCGCCGAUAAACCCUAGUGAAAACCAUGCUCAAGAAUUAGGGCAAAAAGUUGGGAUGAAUGAAUUUGCUAGUACUAACUUCAAGGUGAAUGAUCAAGUGGAAAAAAGUAGUCCAAUUGAUGUUCUUGACACGAACGUAGGUCAAGAAAACACGAGAGAUCAGAUCCAGAUUCAGGGCGUUCAGGGUUUUACUCAACUGGAGAUCGAUGACCUAAUUCUCAGCAACAAGGGAUCGAUAGGCAUGAAUAUGAACUCCGAAUUCGAUUUGGCAUGGUGGUCUAAUGAAUUUGACACAAAUAGAGCUUCAGCAUCAAAUUCUUGGGGUUCAUCUUCAAAUAUUCUUCAAAAUACUCAUGAUGAAAUGUAUCAAGAUUAUGCACUAGGGUAUAAUUUGCAAUAAUGUAUAAUUAUGUAGAGGGGGAAUAGGGAAAGCUUGUGGGUAAAUUAAUGGUUGUUGUAAAUUUUUUUUUGUGUGUGAAUAAUGCUUUCUCUUUGUCAUCUUGCUAAAUAACGUGUAUGACUUGACUGUCAAUUAAUAUUUUUUUUUUGUAAUCUUUUAAGAUAAACCAUAUAGUAAUAU